AAACACCCCUAACGUCAAUUUUAGGAAGUUUGCUUUUAUUCUUAAUCGGAGCGGAUCUAUUCGGUUACUUGUUAUAAGUAGAAUAUCAUUUUUGUAUUUUGUUUACGUCUUAUUGUAAUUAUGUUUCGGUUGUCGUUAAUUAACGUAUACUGGCAAUGCCAGAAAGAAAAAUCUCAGUUAUUUUCUAAUGGCGAUGUCUAAGUUAACAUUUGAAGAUGUUUCAUUUGAAAGUUAUCUUACUUGAGUUAUCAUUGUUUUUGAUAAAUUUAAAGUCUUCAGAGGGUAAUUUGAAUUUGUUCGUUACCAGAAAAGAAGUCAAAGAUUUAUUAGGUUUAAAUGCAGAGCUUUCUUAUGUUCGAGAAGGAAAAGUUAAUGAUUAUGCUCUUGGUUUUGUUGUCCUCAUACCUGAUCAUAUUUCAGAAUUACAUUUUACUUGGCAAAGAUUAAGUCCCAUACCAAUGCCUUAUUCAGUUGGUAUUAUGGUAAGUGAUAAUCAAGCAUUGGGUACGCCACAAUUGAAUAUUUCUCAUCGAGGACUUGUACCCAUGCAAGAAGAAGUAUUUCAAGUUGUUUUGCCAUGUACUGGAAAAUUUAAUGCAGAAGUAGAUGUCAAAAUAUAUAUUAAUAUAACAAUGCCUAAUAACAAUAUCACAUCUUUAAUAUUACGUAGGAAAAAAAUUUGUUUGAAAGAUGGAAAUCACAAUGGAACACUUCUUAUGGCUACAGAUGCAAUUGCUACCACCAGUCCUUUUUUCAUUGGUGUAGGAUGUGCUAGUGCAGUGAUGAUAAUAAUCACAAUUUUAGCUAUUGCAAGUUGCCUCAGAGCUCAUAAAACUAGAAGAGAUGCUGUAAACUUUGGGAGAAGUUCUCCAGUUUUAUCUACUCAAUGUCAGACAUUUUUAAGAGUUGACACUCCUAAUAAUAUUAGUAAUACAGGCAGUUAUACUAGUUUUCGACGUCUCUCGCCUGUGUCUGUAGGAAUACUUAGCCAGAGCAAUGAUUUGAAGACAACAGAGCUUUCAGAACAACUUACUGAAUUAUCUAUAGAGAGAAAAAAUAUUAUUUUACAAGAUAAAAUUACAGAAGGAACAUUUGGCCAAAUAUAUCAUGGAACAUUAAUUGAAGAUGAAGCUGAAACAAAAAAUAAGAAGAAUAUAUUUAUAAAGACAGUUUCAGAUCAAGCAUCACCAGUACAAAUUUCUCUCUUACUGAAAGAAGGAACAAUGUUCUAUGGAAUGAAUCAUAUUAAUAUAUUGUCAGUUGUAGCUGUUUGUUUGGAUGAUGUGCAACAUCCUUUAAUAGUUUAUCCAUUUGUAGAUCAAGGUAAUUUUAAAAAAUUUCUACAGAAAUGUAAAUCUUCAUCUGAAGGGCAUUGUCAUACCUUACUAACUCAAGAUUUAGUUGAUAUUGCAAUUCAAAUAGUGCAAGGUAUGAUUUACCUUCACAAAAGGAAGUUAAUACAUACAGAUUUGGCAACUAGAAAUUGUGUCAUUGACACUUGGUUGAAAGUCAAGAUUACAGAUAAUGCUUUAUCUAGGGAUCUUUUCCCCAAUGAUUAUCAUUGUUUAGGAGAUAAUGAGAAUCGCCCAGUUAAAUGGCUCGCUCCCGAAAGUUUAUUGCAUAAAGAAUUUUCACCAAGUAGUGAUGUUUGGGCAUUUGGAGUGACGCUCUGGGAAUUAAUGACUUUGGGUCAACAACCAUAUAUCGAAGUGGAUCCUUUUGAAAUGGGAGUUUAUCUUAGAGACAAUUACAGAUUGUCACAGCCAAUUAAUUGUCCUGAUGAACUAUUCACAGUUAUGGCUUGCUGUUGGGCAUCAUCCCCAGAUGAAAGACCAACUUUCAGUCAGUUAUUGAGGUGUUUGAAAGAAUUUCAUGCUACAUUAGUACAGUAUAUCUAAGAGAUAGUGGAUCCAAUAUUUGGCUAUCAUAGGAAAGUUGUCCAUAACUUUAUUUAUCAUCAGUUCCUAUGACUUCAAAAAGUAAUAGUGUACAGAAGUUUAGGAAGGAUGGAUGUAUUUGUGCCAAUUUGUAUAAAAAAUUAUUAAUGACGGAAAAAUGCUCAAAUUUUAAAGAAAAAGUUGAUUUAACACUGCCAAUAAAUUUAAAAAUUUUAAAUGUAAAUCAAAUGUUGGCAAAAUUGUCAAUGUGGAAGUCUUUUAGCACCUGCUUAUUGCUCAACAUGUACACUAGUUGUCGUGGUUUCCUGUUUGCAUUAUACAUUGUAUAUUUUCAAAACACAAUUUUAACAGUAUAAAUUAAUUAUAAGAUAAAUAAUAAUGCUUUGGAGAAUUAAACAUGUACAUAUUUUUAAAAUUAUUAAGCAAUAAAAUGUAAUAAUGCAGCUAACAAUUUUGUCAUGCAACACGCAGCAGGCAUUUUUAGAAAGUAUUCUGCUUUAAGUCAAGUUUUACAUUGUAAAAAAUAAAAUGCUUUUUGUAAUAUUUUUUUGAUUAAAUUUUAAUACUUUCAAAUGUAAUUUUGAUUCUGAAAUCUUUAAGUGAAAUUAUUAUUAAAGAGGAAAAAGUAAUUGUUCUAGU